AUGUUGAAGACUUCAGACCAACCACUACCGACGGGUGAUUUGGCUUAUAGGAUUGUCCUCCACCUCGACAAGAUCAAAGACGCCGAAUUGAAGGAAUGGAUUGCCAACCCACGAGUCCAUUUUUGGAUCGGCCCGCACUCCCACGCCGUGGCAUACUCGAUCAGAAGCAGCACCAUGUACAAUAUAGUUCUGCUUUGCCCGGAUGACCUCCCUCAGGGCCUCUCACGAGCGACGGGCUCGGAGCUGGAGUCGUGGACGAACAGGGACAAGAAUUUUGUCUUGCUGGGCGAUUCUUGCCACCCGAUGCUGCCCUGUCUCACGCAGGGAGCCAACUGGUCGAUCAAAGACGGCGGUGUCCUCGGAAGACUGCUAUCGUAUAUGAGGACUAGGGAGCAGUUGCUGUGGGCGAUCACCCUAGAGGCGCUCCAUAUCCCCGACGGUCCUGAACAGCGAGAACGCGACAAGAUAUUCGAGUCGCAGCUAGGCAAGGGAAUAUCUGGCAAGUUCCCUAGUCGAGGGUGUGUCCCAGAGGCCCAGGCCUGGCUCUACGGCUACAAUGCAUACAGAGGAGCUGAUGAGGCAGUCAAGUCAGCACCAUAUGAGCCAUCGUUGACGAGCGUCACGAGCUCUACGUCAAUAUACCCGUGA